CGGAGAGAGAGAGAGGCCGCCGCCUGGAGCCCGGGAUCGAGCCUGAGCUUGAGCUGGGAUGGCGGAGCAGGACUCGGCUACCCUGGCUUUAAUAAACUAUUACUGCCAAAAGAAAUAUUUUAAUCACAUCCAGAUUGCAGCAGAUGAGGGGCUCAAAAAAUAUGGCAAUGAUGCGGUGUUCUUAUUUUUUCAUGCUUAUGGUGUCCUUAUGGAAGAUCGAAUUCAAGAAGCUAUCCGUGAGCUUGAGACCGUUAAAGUAAAGUCGGAUGUGUCUCUGUGCUCUAUAAUGGCUCUAAUCUAUGCUCAUAAGAAAAGUUUAGCUCCAGAUCGUGAUGCCAUUCAUGAGCUUGAUAGCAAACUAAAAGAAGACCGGAAAACUGCAGGACAAAUGGCAUUGUAUUUUGCGGGCCUCUUCCUUUGGCAUAUUGGGCGACAUGAUAAAGCUCGCGAAUACGUUGAUAGAAUGAUUAAGCUUUCUAAUGGAGCAAAAAAGGGCUUGAUUUUGAAAGGAUGGAUUGAGCUAACCUGUGGGAGAGAUGCAUAUGCUAAAAAGGCCAUCAAAUAUUUUGAUGAAGGAAAUCAAGGUGGAAAUGAUGUAUUUGCUAUGAUGGGCAAGGUACAAUAUCUUGAGAUACGUCAGAACUACUCUGGAGCUUUGGAUAUGGUAAACCAGAUAAUAGUUCAUUUUCCUGGCUUCCUACCAGCUUUUGUGAAGAAGGUAGAACUCCAGCUAGCCCUGCAGGAUUGGGACCAGACAAUUGAGACAAUACACAGACUCUUACAGAAAGAUAGUCAUAAUUUUGAAGGUCUGGGGAUGCUGGCCCUUCAUUCUUUAUGCAGAGAGGGAAAUAUUAAGGAGGCUGGCUCUAGACUUGGUGAUCUAAUCAGUGUAUUGGACCGUUUUGAACCACACAAUCCUGAUCUCUUUUAUAAAAUGGCAUUGGUUUUCAGUAGGAUGUGUGGACGGAACCAAAUUAUCCUUCAGCAGACCUGUACCUUGGUUGAAAGAGCAUUCAGCAUGUCGUCACGUAAUGCAGAGAUUGCAAAUGAACUUGGCUAUCAGAUGGUUUUACAAGGAAAAGUAAAAGAAGCUGUGAGAUGGUACAAAACUGCAAUGUCACUGGAUGAGUCAAGUGUUCCCGCAUUAACUGGUAUUAUAAGAUGCCAAUUAAUUGAGGGACAACUAGAAGAUGCAGAACAACAACUGGAGUUUCUUAAUGAAAUUCAACAAUCUAUUGGAAAAUCUGGGGAACUGUCUUUCCUGCGUGCAGUUUUGGCAGUGAAGAAACAGAAGGGACAGGAUGAAGUCAUUCAUUUCCUAAAUGAUGCUAUUGACAUUCAUUUCUCCACAUUGCAAGGCCUGCCUCUGGGAGUUCACUACUAUGAAAAAUUAAAUCCUGACUUUUUGUUAGAAAUUAUUCGUGAAUAUCUUGCCUUCUGUCCCACACAGCCUGGAGCUCCUGGUCAGCCGCUAUCUCCAUUAUUGAAACAUUGUGCUUCAGUGCUGGAAACUGUUGUGAAAACAGUACCAGGACUAUUAGAAGCUGCCUUUCUCAUGGCUAAAGUUAAAUACUUAGCAGGUGAUGUUGAUGCCGCCCAAUGCAAUCUACAGCAUUGCUUAGAACAGAAUCCUUCAUAUGCAGAUGCCCACCUCCUGAUGGCUGAAGUUUACCUGUCUCAAGAAAAUUUUAAACUCUGCUCACAUUCUCUGGAACUGUGUUUGAGUUAUAAUUUUGAGAUUCGUGAGCAUCCCCAGUAUCACUUGAUUAGAGCUCAAACUCAGAAAAAAAUGGGCGAUGUUCAGGAAGCCAUUAAGACCUUGAAGAUUGCUGCAGGUUUGCCUGCAAUGAGGAAAACAGGAAGUGCAUCCAAAUCAAAAGGCAAAAAGAUUGAAUUAAGUGUAACUGAUCGUGUUUCUGUUUUUCUGGAGCUAGCAGAGGUACUCCGUAUGAAUGGAGAACAGCAUGAAGCUGCCAAAGUGAUGCAAGAUGCCAUCAAUGAAUUUUCGGGCACCACCGAAGAGUUGCGUGUUACAAUUGCUAAUGCAGACCUUGCUGUUGUACGUGGAGAUAUAGAGCUGGCUCUUGGUAUGCUGAGGAAUGUUACACCUGAGCAACCAUAUUUUAUUCAAGCAAAAGAGAAGAUGGCUGCCAUAUACUUAAACCAGAGGAAAGAUAAACAGUUAUAUGCAAGCUGCUACAGAGACUUGGUUGACAAACUUCCUGGACCGCACACCUAUCUUUUGUUAGGUGAUGCCUACAUGAACAUUCAAGAGCCUGAAAAAGCCAUUGAUGUAUAUGAACAAGCUCUAAAGAAAAAUCCAAGGGAUGGAACUUUGGCUAGCAAGAUUGGAAAAGCACUUGUUAAAACACAUAAUUACAAUAAGGCAAUUAAUUAUUAUGAAGCAGCAUUGAAUACUGGCCAACAGAAUUUCCUUCGUUAUGACUUAGCUGAACUCUUGCUUAAACUUCGACAGUAUGAGAAGGCAGAAAAGAUCCUGCUGCAGUCAUUAGAACACGAUUAUGUAAGUGAUCUUCAGGCUUUGAUGGAAGAUGCACGAUAUUUAAUGCUUCUGGCGAAGAUAUAUAGUAAGAAGGAGAAGAAAGAUGAUGCCAUCCUUGCUUUGCAGAGGGCAAGGGAGGUCCAGGCUCAGGUGUUAAAACGAGUUCAACUAGAACAGGCUGAUGCAGUCCCUCACCAAAAACAACUUGCAGCAGAGAUCUGUGCUGAAAUAGCAAAGCAUGCGACAGACCAGCGAGACUAUGAAAAGGCAAUUAAGUUCUACAAAGAGGCACUUGUCUAUUUUGAGAAUGACCAUAAGGUGAUGCUAGAACUUGCGCAGCUGUAUCUUGCUCAAGAUGAUAUUGAUGCCUGUCAACAUCAAUGUGCAGUUCUUCUGAAAAGUGAUCAAGAUAAUGAUGCAGCUACUAUGAUGAUGGCAGAUCUGAUGUUCAGAAAGCAGGAUUAUGACCAAGCUGUGUUUCACUUCCAACAACUUUUGGAACGCAAACCAGAUAAUUUUAUGACAUUAGCACGUUUGAUCGAUUUGUUGAGAAGAGCUGGAAAACUGGAAGAAGUUCCCAGAUGUCUUGACAUGGCUGAAAAACACACGACAAGACCAACUUCUGAGCCUGGCUUUAAUUAUUGCAAAGGGUUGUACCUCUGGUACACUGGAGAACCAAAUGAUGCACUUCGACACUUCAACAAGGCUCGCAAGGACAGUGAUUGGGGGCAAAAUGCAAUUUAUAACAUGAUAGAGAUCUGCAUGAAUCCAGACAAUGAUACCAUAGGAGGUGAAGUCUUUGAGAACCUGGAUGGAGAUAUGCGAAACUCAACUGAAAAGCAGGAGUCAGAACAGUUGGCUGUGAUGACAGCAGAAAAACUACUGAAAGAACUCAAACCUCAAACAAUUCAAGGCCACGUCCAGUUGCGCAUAAUGGAAAGCUGCUGCCUCAUGGCAACAAAGCAUAAAGCAAAUGUGGAACGAGCUCUCAAUGUCUUCACAGAAAUAGCAACGGCUGAGAAAGACCACAUUCCUGCACUGUUCGGAAUGGCAACAGCAUAUAUGAUUUUAAAGCAGACACCUCGUGCAAGAAAUCAGCUAAAACGCAUCGCAAAAUUAAACUGGAAUGCCACUGAUGCAGAAGAAUUGGAAAAGAGUUGGUUGCUUCUAGCUGAUGUUUACAUUCAGUCUGGAAAAUUUGAUAUGGCAGUUGAGCUUCUCAAACGCUGUUUACGGCACAAUAAGUCCUGUUGCAAGGCUUAUGAAUACAUGGGAUACAUUAUGGAGAAAGAACAAUCUUAUAAGGAUGCAGCUACUAAUUAUGAACUGGCUUGGAAGUAUUGUAACCAGACAAAUCCAACAAUAGGGUACAAGCUGGCUUUUAACUAUUUGAAGGCAAAGCGAUAUGUUGAUGCUAUUGACAUUUGUCAUAAGGUACUGAGCGCCCAUCCCAAUUAUCCAAAAAUGAGAAAAGAGAUUCUUGACAAAGCUCGAGCAGCUCUCCGUUAUUAAUUGUGUCAUAUGAUGCUAGCUUUGCUUUCAGCGACUUCUGAAGUAUAUGUGUAUUAUUUGACAUGCCAAUCUGCAUUAUGUACAGUAAGUUCUAAUGUACAGUAGUCCUGCUGUACCCGUGGGGGGGAUAUGUUCCAAGACCUAUCGCGAAUGCCCAAAAUCGCGGAUAGUAGCAAGCCCAUUCAUUUAAAUGGGAAAUUUACCUUCCCAGCAGCCUAUUGGUCCCUGGUUCUGGAUGUUCCAUGUAAUAUGUUCGGGCUGCGAUAACCCACUGGUAAUUGAAACCACGGUAACCGGACCCGCGGAUAUGGCAGUCUCCCUGUAUAAUUAUUUAGAUGUAUUACUUUUACAUGCUUUAUAACCCACAGUAAUUUAUAUACAUUUCCAUGAUAGUGUUUCAUUGUUUUUACAACAGUGUUAUGUCCUUUAUAAAUUACGAGUAUCUGUGAAUAUAAAUUUGCAUAUACAUAAUUUUAUGUAAUUUUCUACCACAACACCUCCACUGUGUGUUAAUGAUGUAGAACACAAUCAUUCAUUUUAGACUAUUCCCUAAGGAGUUGGUUCUUCAAACGUCAGAAUUUGCAGGCCCUUGAUAGUAGAUACUUUAAGUACAAAUUAAUUUGGUGUUCAUUGUCUUGAGCUUUUGGGAAGAGUCAGUCUUUUUUGAAUGGCUUAAACUAAAAAGUGGUCUGUACGUAGUAAAUCACUGUAUCUGUAAAGACAUUUUAAGGCAAGAAAUAAUACUAGAUUAGCUGUUGUAUAUUUCUAUGAACCUGCAAAACUUGCUGAUGUGUUUGUCCAAUGCAUGUAACUUGAUUAAAAUUAGUUGCUGUACACAGCAUUGUCACGUUACAUUUCAAAACUGGUGAUAGUUUUUCUUUAAAACUUUCACUUUCCUAUCUUAAUU